UCCGCUUCAUAAUAUGUAUCACCCUCAACAGAUGACAAACCCCUUCGAUUUCCCUCUCGACGAUUUUGGCUUCAACCUCUUCUCUUCAGAGAUGGACUCCCCUCAUGCACUGUGGGAUCCGGAAACGAUGCGAGCUCUCAUGGAUCCGCGGGUCCAAGCUGCUCCGACAAUCAUGGAGAGGCCAAUGAAGAAGCUGAAGACUGAGAUCCGGAGCAACACUUGCUCGCCUGAAACAAACAUAGCCCCGAGAACAGUGAUGUGCUCGCCAUCGUCAAGUCCCCAGUUGAUAUCUUUUGGGAGAUUGGAUCUGUCCCCAGUCGAAUCACAGCAGCAUUACGGUUCUCAUGAGAUCCGAGAUUGUCAAAAAGAGAUGAAGAGAGAUGGGGCAAUGAGUCGAUCAACUUUACAUACGCAAGAACACGUGAUUGCAGAGAGAAAGCGGCGCCAGAAGCUUAGCCAGAACUUCAUUGCUCUCUCUGCCAUCAUACCUGGCCUUAAAAAGAUGGACAAAGCAUCGAUCCUCGGCGAUGCAAUCAAGUAUAUGAAACAGCUUCAAGAACGCGUCAAGAAACUCGAGGAAGAGGUGGCAAUUAGGACUGUGGAAUCGGUUGUGAUUGUAAAGAAGUCUCAGGUCUUGGCAGAUGAUGAUAUGUCAUUAGAUGAGAACUUUUAUAACCAAUUCGAGCCGACUCCGGAGAUCGAAGCGAGAGUCUUGGAUAGAUAUGCUCUUUUUCGAAUCCAUCACGAGAAACGAAAGGGAUAUACGACAGAGAUACUUAGCGAAAUAGAGAAGUUGAAUCUAUCUGUUCUCAAUAGCAGUGUGUUACCGUUUGGGAGUUCCAUGCUGGAUAUGACAAUUGUAGCUCAGAUGGACGUUGGAUUCUGCAUGAAAGCUGAGGAUCUCGUCAAGAAUCUACGCCAAUCUCUUCUCAAGAUUACAUAAUCAAUCAACAUCAUCUUCGUUCUUUUAUUUUCAAAAGCCUCUUCUAAUUUUUGCUUUCGUCAUUCGGAAGUUAGCUACUCUUUGCCCCCAAAUAGAGUGUUUCCGGAGCUUAUGAGGGAAUACCUUUGAGUCUCUCUUGACCAAACCACCAGCUUGCCGCACGAAAGGUCUUGUUUUGACUACGAGUUUCUAUUUUGCUAGUGGGUUUUUUUUUCCUUCUGUUUUUGCAUGGUCGGCAUGUUUGACCAUGUUGAAAUUUAACCCGCGAGUUGUAUAUGAAAUUUUUAGUAUAUUUUUUGAAGGGUCUUUUCCUUUUUAGAGGUUCGACUUUUCAAUGAAGCCUCUUUCUUUCACUCUAAUUGCAAGUGGAAAUGGGCCUUGCUCAGUGAGACGAAUCAGAACUUUUUUCUCUCCCCAGGUUGGAUGCUCAGUCUUUUUGAGCCUUGUGCACUUCUUAGAAGCAAUCUGUAUUCACCAGUUGAUAUUUGUUGUAAUUAAAGUAAAUAAAUGAUUGUGGUAUCUUCUUGUUGUAUAUGGAGAGUUAAGUUCA